AUAUUAUAUUGUAGUUUAUCGUCACAUUUCAAUAUCAUGUUGACUUUUCUUGUAUAUAUGAGAGUCUGCAUUUUGCUGCGUAAACCAAGGUUCGCAAAUUGUGCAUAUUUUAUUUAUUCUUUAUAAUGUGAGUAAAAACAUGGUGGUUGGCUCUGACAUCACAGUACCUUUCUCAAAAGAAGACCCGUUAUUGUCGAGGCCAUAUUGUGGUAAUAUUUCACCCAAUUUUUUUCUGCGAGGAUAUUUGUUUCUUUACAUAAUGUUGGUUUGCGAUGCAGAUUUUUCUGUAAUGUUGCCUUAGUGUGGUAUAAGUCUCAGUUGAGCUGUUUUUGGACACUCAUUUGUGUCAAGGAGGGCACUAUUGUGCCUAAGGAGUGUAGGAAAGUAAAGAUGAAACUUUGAAAAUUGUGAAUUAUUAGAUGGAAAUGACUGAUCUGAUUCAUCCCCCAUUUAUUUUAUAACGUGCAGAAAUAACUUACUCUGACCUCAGUAUAAAGCAGAAGCAUUCUGACUUCGAUGCUGUGUAAAUAAAAUUUCUCACAAAAAUUCUGUUAGACACAUCAUUCAGCUUCUUCCUGAUAACACCUUCUCUUUCCUUGUGCAUCCUAUUAUAUCUCAGCUUCGUGAGUGUUUUCCUCCACGGUCUUGAAAUCAUAUAUAUUUUUUUUACUCUGUGGCUGUUGUUAUUUAAACAUGCCCAGUUAAUAUAAAUAUUUCACAUUUUCUUUACAGUUCAUACACUCUCCUUAUGUUUAAUGUUACGAUUUCUAGUUCUUUUUUGUAAUAUUUUCUUAAGAAUUUCAUGCCAGCAAUCAGAAUUUUGCAUUCAUCUCUCUUUGUGACUGUGUGUUAUGUAUACACAAUUUUGAUUGUUGGUUAUGAAGGAAAGUAGGCUACAGAUCAGUAUGUAGACAUGAUUGAAGAAUUGUCAAAAAAUAUUAAUCAGAGCUCUGUGUUGCCAGUAGAUAAAAGAUGAAAAUUCCACAAUUAUGUCUGAAAUUUCUAACAGCCACUAUAGACAGGUAAAUUACAUUUAGAAGCAGAUGGAUCAUUCAUUGUUUCUAACAAGAUUUAAUUCUGAGUGAAAUUUCAGGUUCUCAUGAUGGCAAGUAUGAAGAUGUUCUGUCGCCUGGGAUGCUGUGCCAUGUAUUCUGAUGAUAGAUGCAGUAAGCACCAUCCCAGAAGACAGUAUGUCAAAGGGUGUUUAAUUGUGAUGAAAAUAAUGAGUAAAAGUUCUCGUGAGUUAUAGAUGACAUGUUUUGAGCGUUCUCAGACUAAAAGUGCCAUAGAUGAAAUUGUGGACCUGAAUGGAGGUUGGGGUUAAAGGACUUGGCUCCGGAAAUCUUUCAUAGAAGGUCACUGCUUUAUAGUUUUGUUCAUAGAUGGCAGUCGGUACCAACGCGCGAUUCCAACGUGAGGAAUGUGCAGUCGGCGUUGUUUGUAAAACAAAAUGUUCUAAGGCUUCGCAGAGGAUGUUAGGUUUUAUAUUUUACAAUCUGUUUGGUUUCCUGUUUGCGUAAAUGAGGUGUACAGUAUGGGACCUGUGUCCAUAGAGUUACAUACACAAUCGUAGGUUAUGUGGCAGAUCGAUCACGGCAGUUUUGAUUCAAAUGUCGAAUAUCAUCGAACAUAAAGUGAGAGGUAUCUAAAUAAGCAUGAUUUAUUCACUGUCUUAAAAAUUAGUAAGGAAGUAAAGUAAGGGGUUUCUAUUCUGUUGUGUUGAAUAUCAGCACAACAUGAAUGUGAUGAAAGUCAAGCCUGAAUUGUGUCAAGAGAUUUGUGAGUUUAAUGCUGAAAGAGAAGAUGGUGUAUCAGAAGAAUAUUCGUCAGUGCAGUGUAAAGGAGGUCAGAAUGUGGAUGGCAUGAGAGUGAAACCAGAUUUAGACCCAGUAGCCUCACUUCAUGAAGAUGAAUUUAAUGAUGCAAACAAGGAGCAGUUUCUGGCACCGUUCACAUUUAUUGCAGUAAACAGUGGAGUUGCAGAAAAAUCUUGGAAUGGCAUUAAAAUCAAGGAAGAGCUGAAGGCUGAAGUAACUGCUGAAGAACGUGAAGAGAGUACUGAUAGUGAACAUCACUUCGGCAGACAAGAAUGUGCCACUGACAUUGAUAACCUCGUAGACGUUGGAUGUGCAGAGAACAUUAGUUCAAAAAUGCUUGCUCACUCUCAGGAGAAAAAUAAUUGUGACUCUCAUCUUGAAGUAUUUUCUGUGGGGGAAGACCCUUACAAAUGUGAUGUCUGUAAUAAAGUCUUCACGCAGAAAGUUGAUUUGAAAGCCCACUGUCGUUUGCACAAGGCGGAGAAACCUUACAAAUGUGAUUUGUGUGGUAAGAAGUUUACGACCAGUUUGAGUCUAAAGCGUCACUGCCGUGCACAUGCUGAAGACAAGCCACAUAAGUGUGACAUUUGUAGCGAAGCAUUUUCUGUGAGCGCUGCUCUCAGGAUUCAUUCUCUGAGUCAUAUAGGAGUAAAGACACACAAAUGUGACAUAUGCCUUAGGGAGUUUACGAGAAAUGAGAUAUUAAAAAAGCAUUAUAUCACCCAUACGGGUGAGAAACCAUAUAAAUGUCAUGUUUGUGGCAAAGAUUUCUCUCAGAGUGCAAAUUUACAGAGACAUCAACGCAUACAUAGCGGUGAGAAACCGUAUAAAUGUGAUUUGUGUAAGAAGGAGUUUUCUAGAAGUGAGCACUUAAAAUCACAUAAUGAAACCCAUGUGUGACUGAACUUAUCUCUUGUUUGACAAUUCUAAUUGUGCUUCUUGCUAUAUUUAGAAAGUAAGUUUGCAUGUCAAAUGAUAAACAUUAUACAAGUAAAUAAUUUAAAAUUCAAUAUCUCUUUACUUAAAUUAUUUUCUUGUGAACAUUUUGGAAGCGUUUUCUGGUGUCUGUAUACAGAAGAUGUAUAUUGUUUUGGAGGCUUUCUGCGUUCCCGUUUUUGUUAAUAGGGGGAACGCAUUGUGGGCUGGGCUGGUCGUGUCCAUCCGCCUGUCCAAUCGAUUCAACUCGAGAGCCACCGAUUGGAUUUGGAUUAAAUUUGACGUGGAGGCUGUGCUGUUGUGCACGACCUCAGAAUUGUACUUUUAUAUUUCCUGUGAGCUAUGGUAACAAUAUGGCAGAUGAGGAAAAUCGUGAGGUUUCAAAGAAACCAUUAGCUUAUAUGUAUUCCAGUAUGGAUUACAAUUUUUGAGCUUGUUAUAUGAAUGAAUGGCAGAUGUAGUAUUGUAUUAUUAUCGCAAAUACAGAUUUUUACUUUCCCUUCAAAAUUGAGCCCAUACUCCCAUAACCAUAGUCUACCUUAUACCUUCUUUCACCCUCAACUUUAUUAUGAGUCGUAUUCAGAAGUCGUGGGAUUAUGUUAUGGAAUGUUUGCCCGUUCGUAACACCUGUUCACGUUCAAAUUUUAAUGUUUACUUUAUACCCUAUACUGGGUGGUGUAAAAUAAAUUAUAUUUAAAAAUGGU